AUGGCUGGUAAUUACCAUAUCAAUGGCAAUGAAAGGACUAAUGUUGACCAACUGAAUGGUCUUGAGCUUACUUUGUCAGCCAUGGCUUGGUACCCUUUUCCUUACAUGCCCACAUUGCAAAGCCACGUCAAUGGCCUACCCUUUUCAGAAGAGACCAGAGAACACAAGAGGAUGAGGCGAAAUGUGAGUUUCGACCCCGAAUCAGUACCGAGCAAUAAUAGUAAUAUUUUUAUUCCUUAUAGCGGCGGCAGCGGAGGAGGAAGCAGUUAUAGCAGUGGCAUCAGCCGCAGCGCCAGCACUAACAGCCUGAAUAGCCCGUCGAAGCUGCAGUUUCGCGACCAUGUAUGGACCUACUCGCAAAGAUACCUUGCGGCUGAGGCUGUCGAGGAGGCGGCUGCAGCCCUAAUGGGAGACGAUCAAGAUGGCGGAGGCUCCUCCGAUGAUGGAGAGGCCGACGAGAUUAGGCUUGUUCAGCUCCUCAUCGCCUGUGCCGAGGCCGUGGCCUGCCGGGACAAGGCUCAUGCCUCGGUGCUGCUGUCCGAGCUGAGGGCCAAUGCUUUGGUCUUUGGCUCAUCGUUUCAGAGGGUCGCUUCUUGCUUUGUCCAAGGGUUAGCCGAUCGCUUAGCGAUGGUAAGCCCACUUAGGGCAGUUGGUUUUGUGGGGUCUACGAUUGGUAACCCUGUUGAUUACCGUAAUGGUCUGGAGAAAAAGGAAGAGGCUUUACGCCUUGUUUAUGAGAUUUGCCCACAUAUUCAAUUUGGUCACUUUGUGGCUAAUGCCGCAAUAUUAGAAGCCUUUGAGGGAGAGAGUUUUGUCCAUGUUGUUGACUUGGGGUUGUCCUUAGGUCUACCGCAUGGACACCAAUGGCGGGACCUCAUACGAGGCCUCGCCGCCCGCCCCGGCCACCCGCCUAAACGCCUGCGAAUUACUGCGGUUGGCCUCGGCGAUGACAGGUUCCAAAUGAUCGGAGACGAGCUGGAGCUCUACGCAAGCAGUUUGGGAAUAAACCUGGAGUUCUUCGUAGUGAAAUUAAACUUGGAAGAUUUGAGUACUAAAGACAUAACCACUAGUGAAGAAGAAGUUAUUGUGGUAAACAGCAUUCUCCAGCUUCAUUGUGUGGUGAAAGAGAGCAGAGGAGCUUUGAAUUCUGUACUCCAAACAAUUCAUGAGCUCUCACCAAAAGUCUUGGUCCUGGUUGAGCAAGAUUCAAGCCACAAUGGGCCUUUCUUCCUUGGGAGGUUCAUGGAGGCUUUGCAUUACUAUUCGGCGAUUUUCGAUUCCUUGGACGUUAUGUUGCCUAAGUAUGACACCAAGAGGGCUAAGAUUGAGCAGUUCUACUUUGCCGAGGAGAUUAAGAAUAUCAUAUGCUGUGAAGGCCCUGCUAGGUUUGAGAGGCAUGAGAGGGUGGACCAGUGGAGGAGGAGGAUGAGCCGGGCCGGGUUCCAGGCGGCGCCGCUCAAGAAGGUGGCGCUGGCCAGGGAGUGGCUUGGGAAGAUGGAGGCUUGUGAAGGGUACACCAUUGUGGAAGAGAAAGGUUGCCUGGUGCUUGGCUGGAAAUCCAGGCCUAUUGUGGCUGCCUCUUGUUGGAAAUGCUAG